ACAUAUUAUAUAGUUAUGUUGAUGCAUAUAAAAGUAAUAGUCGAGGAAGAUGCAAUCUGUAUAGCAAUGGAAUUGUUAAUCCCUGUGAUUGUAACAAUCAUCUUUAUCAAAGAAAGCGCAUGUUUGUGCGAAGAUCACUUCAAUAAGAAAAAAAGAGUUAUAUCCAUGAAAGAUGCCAACUGUACUUGGACAUUUGCUGAACCAGAAUAUAAUCGUGUUUGGAUGAGAGUAUCUGUUCUGCAGACCGACAAGGACAAUUCAACAGAUUGUCAAAACUAUCUGAUGCUAGAAGAAAUCAAAGACAAUAAGAGACAUUUGCUUAAGAGAUACUGCAAUCCGGUGGCUCGUGAUUAUGUGAAAUCGAACUUUAACCAAAUCCUUGUGACGGCCAACAAUAUCAAGUUCAAAAUUUCCUGGAACGGUUUAAAGAGAAAGAAGAAAAGCUUUCAGACAGUUGGUUUGCAUUCAACCACAGAAAGAACUUCCUUACAGAGAACAAAGAGCAUGCUGACAAGGUUGGAUAUAAUGAAGUCAAGUUUUGAGACGGCUGAUUUGAUUUCUUAUAAAGAAAAAACUUCUCUUCAGACUACAAACAGCGGAGAGAAAGGUAAGACAAAAAUAAACAGCUUCCAAAAAGAAAAAGCAAUUUAUGCUGCUAUUGAAGAAAACAAAUACAUAGUUAUCGGGUCCUCUUCAGGGUUGCUUUUUGUUUUUGUCUUUGGCUUCAUCACAAAGAAAAUAUGCAAUAAAAGAUCAAAUCAUAUUUCAAAAGACCAAACUACCGAAAUGAACCCGUCAUCUAUGAAGACUGAAAAUAAAAAUUGUUCUCAUGAAAACUCCCAGUCGACAUCCAAGAAAACACGAGAAAAACCAAAUCUAAAAAAAUCGGAAUUGAGUGGAUCAGACAAGAGCAACAAAAUGUUAGGGAAAACUGGUAUCAUGAGAGGUUAUCAGAAUAAAGGAGAGACAAACCAGUCCCCGACUCGAAGCCAGAGGAGAGCCGACGACUACAAUAAAGAGCAUGAAUAUAGCCUCGCAAAUUUCACAGGAGGAGAGGAGGAAGACCACAUUUAUCAAGAAUGUCGUUUUGUAAACAAAGUGGACGAUGGAGCUUUCUGCGACGCAUACAAUACAUCAAAGACAGAUCAUCGCCACUUGUCAGCCUUGUCGUACGAGAGUGCAGAAUACAUGAAUCUGAAUUGACCGUUGUUUGUUUGAUUUUCUUGAAAUUUUAAUUUGUAAAGUCCUUUUUCUGCUACACUGUUGCGAUAAAAAUGUUUCUGUGGACAACGAUUACAUCAAAUUCCUAAGUGAAACAACUCUUUUGACCUGUUGCAAAAACUUUAUCUUUGGUGAAAUGAAUGAUAUAACUGAAGUUAAUUUGUUUAACGAGGGAAUAUCCUGUACAGACUACUUUUUGUUGCGUGUAAAUAUUCAACAUAAUAAGUGUGAUGAUUUAAUUCUUUUAAAAAUAUGCACAUUAUACCAUUACAUAUUUUAGUCAAGCUUAUGAUUUUGCCAUAAUUUCUACAUGUUGUACAUUUGUUACGCAUAUGAAGAAAGUUUAUUGUCAGUUUGUUAUCAAAUGACAAGUGUUGAUUGGUUUGGUUCAUUAUUUAAAAAUGAAAUCAGCAGAAUCAUUCAGAGUAUGAGUUGACAAAAGUUACAUUUUGUACCAUACAAUUAUGUGAAGUUUUUAUAAACCAAUACUAUUUUCGUUUCAGCUUAAAGCAUUAAACUGAAAAAGUUUUAUUGUCGUUUUGCUGAGGUCAUUUUUGUA